AUGGUUAGUACGAGAAGUAGAAAACGCAAUCAUACUGAUGCUUCACCAUUAGUUAGUGUUGACUUUAGUCAAAAUCCUGAAAAAAUGGCAAGGAAAAAAAAAGCUGAUUCAACUGAAACACCAAUUCGUAGAAAAACUCCUUUAAAAAAGUUAAAAAAAUCACCUGGUGUAACAGGAGUUCAGAGUAAUAAGUCAACCCCAAGUAAAUUUGUUAAAAAUAACAAUUUUUCUACACCAAUGGACACACCAAAAGUAUCAUUAAAAAAUAAUGGAAAUACUACACCUAAUUUUACACCUAAGCAAAAUUUAAAUGGUUCAAAGAUAGUUGCAUCAAAAGAGUCUUCUGAAAAUAGAGAAAAAAUUUCGUUAAAUAAAACAUCUAAAAAGAACGGAACUCCUACAUCAGUAAAAAAAUUACAACCAGAUCAGACAACGACACCCUCCAAAAAUUUAAAUAAGGUUGCAUUGAAGGUAACUCCUAGUUUAGAUAAAAAUAUUACUCCUAAAAUUACAAAAAAGAAAUUAACACCUAAAGAAUCUUUAACAAAAAUGAAAAAAUUAACACCAAAAAUGAAAUUAAAUCAUAGUGAAAAGAAAUCAACAGAUACAAUCUCUGAUGGAAAUCAAAAUUCAGUUUCUACAAAAACACCUGAAAAAGUUGAAAAGUCUAGUUUAAAAGAAGUUAAAGCAGCUGUCACAGGAAAUACACCAUCUAGUGUUCAAAAAAAUGAAGCUAAAAAGAAGUUAACUCCAAAAAUGAAAUUAAAACAUGAUGGAAAGAAGCCAUCAGAUACAGUUUCUAAUGUUAAUCAAAGUUCAAUCGUUACAAAGACACCUGAGAAAGUUGAUAAGCCUAGUAUUAAAGAAGUAAAAUCAGUUGUUACAGAAAAAACACCCUCUAUUGUUCAAAAAAAUGAAAUUAGAAAGAAGUUAACUCCUAAAAAGAAAUUAAAACAUGGUGAAAAGAAACCAUUAAAUGCCAAUCAAAGUCCAGCUACCACAAAGCCAUCUGAGAAAUUUGACAAGCCUAAUGUAAAGGAUAUGAAAGAAGAUGUUAAAGGAAAUACACCAUCUAGUGUUCAGAAAAAUGGGCUUAACAAGAAGUUAGUAUUAAAAAAAUCAAAAAAGGUUGCUUCAGAAAGUACUGUCGAAGAUAAGAAUAAUUCUAAUUCCAAAGUUAUUUCUACAGAAAAAACUUCUGAAACAAAAGUUGUAUCACAAAAAUUGAGAAAAUUAAGGAAAAGAAAAGCUAGAUUAGAACGAAAAAUAGGUGCAAAAAAAGUACGCACAGAACAAAGUAAUAUUUUGGAUGGAGAAGAUUCAGAGGAUGACGACAAACUUCCAAUCGAAUUGGCAAAUGAAGAACUUGAAGCUGAGCAAGAUGAUGAAAUGGAAUUAACAAGAAAAGAAGCAUUGUCUAAUUUAGAAGGUUUUGUCUUACCAUCAAAUGAGGAAAUUGAUAAAGAAUGUUUCCCAGGACAGUUACCAAAUCUUAUUCGUGAAAGAUUAGUUGGUAUUUGUAAAGUAUUGGGUGGUAAAUUUAAUGAAACUUGUACUGACGGAAGACCAAGACAUGAUUAUACUGAGGCAUUUGAAAAAUAUGUUUCUUGUUUAUAUGGAUAUAAUUCAUGCUUGACUUCAAGAUUUUUCUCAUUAUAUCCAAAUCCUGAUGAAUGUAUCAAAUUUAUGGAAGCUAAUGAUAAUCACCGUCCAUGUUCUAUUCGUACAAAUACUCUUAAAACUAAGAAAAGUUCUCUAAAACAACAAUUAAGUAAUCGUGGUGUUAAUUGUAUUGGUGCUGAGGAUUGGAACAAAACUGCUAUGGUUAUUUCAGAUUCAAAUGUACCUAUUGGUGCUACCUUAGAAUACUUAUCUGGACAGUAUUUUAUUCAAGGUAUUGCUUCUAUGCUUCCAGUUAGUGCUUUAGCUCCACAACCACACGAAAAAGUUUUAGAUAUGUGUUCUGCUCCUGGUGGUAAAACAACACAUAUGGCAAGUUUAAUGAAAAAUACUGGAGUUUUAAUUGCUAAUGAUGUUUCAAAAGAUCGUCUACCUUCUGUUAUUGGUAAUGUUCAUCGUUGUGGAGUUACAAAUGUUGCUGUAACAAAUUUAAAUGCCUGUCUAUUUCCUAGAAUGUUUAGACAAUAUUUUGAUCGUGUACUUCUUGAUGCCCCUUGUUCUGGUACUGGUGUUAUUUGGAAAGAUGAACGUGUUAAACAUUUAAGAACCACAGAAAAUAUUAAUCAUUUACGUUCUAUUCAAAGAAAUUUACUACUCUCUGCUAUUGAUAGUUGUAAUGCUAGUUCUAAAACUGGUGGAUACAUUGUUUAUUCCACUUGUUCAGUUUUAAUUGAAGAAAAUGAGUCUGUUGUUGAUUUUGCGCUUAAAAAACGAAAUGUUAAACUUGUGCCAACUGGUAUUGAAGCUGGAGAUGAAGGUUUUGUUAAACAUAGACAGCAUCGUUUUGAUCCUUCCUUAAUUUUAACGAAACGUUUUACACCACAUAAAAAUAAUGUUGAUGGUUUUUUUAUUGCCAAAUUUAAAAAAGUUUCAAAUGACAAAGAUGGAAUUGACCAAGGGAUUGUCGAGUAUUCUGAUGAAAAGAAACCUGAACAAGAAUAA